UAAUGAAUGUUAUAACAAUUGAAGACUAUAAGAGCACAUAUUGGCCAAAGUUGGACAGUGCCAUAGAUCAGCUUCUAACCCAGAGUCCUGGUGACUACAUCCCUAUCUCCUAUGAACAAAUAUACAGUUGUGUGUAUAAGUGUGUAUGCCAGCAGCAUUCGGAACAGAUGUAUAGUGACCUAAUAAAAAAGAUAACUAACCACUUAGAGAGAGUCUCAAAGGAGCUGCAGGCCAGCCCUCCAGAUCUCUAUAUUGAAAGAUUUAACAUAGCUCUUGGACAGUAUAUGGGAGCAUUGCAGAGCAUUGUGCCUCUUUUCAUAUAUAUGAAUAAAUUUUACAUAGAAACCAAGCUUAACAGAGACUUAAAAGAUGACCUUAUAAAGCUGUUUACGGAACAUGUUGCAGAAAAGCACAUUUACAACCUAAUGCCUUUACUUUUGGAAGCUCAGUCAACGCCGUUUCAAAUAACUCCUUCAACCAUGGCAAAUAUUGUGAAAGGCCUGUAUACACUACGACCAGAAUGGGUACAGAUGGCACCAGCUUUAUUUUCUAAAUUCAUCCCAAAUAUUCUGCCCCCUGCUGUGGAAUCUGAGCUUCAGGAAUAUGCUGCUCAAGACCAGAAACUUCAAAGAGAGCUUAUGCAGAAUGGAUUUACGAGAGGUGACCAGUCACGCAAGAGAGCUGGAGAAGAGUUAACUUACAAUGGCUCAUCAGCUUGUGCAAGCUCCAGGGGAUACAGAUAGUGAAUAUACUGGAUCAGCUUCUAUUCCUAGCCAGAACAGACACUGGAGGAGCGCAGGUGGUAUCUGGAGCCUCCUUUGGCAACUGCUGAUACUCCAGCUCUGACACAAACUAUGCCUCAAAGAAGAGUUUUGGACUUCCUUCUUUAUAUAAUAAAAAUGUCAGUUGCUGCUACAAUUGGGAUGACUUUGAAAGACAUGAUUCCUUGGUCUGGUCUAUCAACAAGUUCACGUUCUGCGAUUUUUGUGAGGAAUGCACCUUGAAAAACAGUCCUUUCAGAGUGAAAACGGGCAGCCAAAAUCAGCAGCUUCCAAAAGCAUUAGAAUGGAAGAAUCUUUUUUGCACUCUUUUCUUAAUAUUAAGGACAUUCUUAAAACUAGUUAACACGUCAGUGUAUUAGUUUUUAAACUUCAAGGUAUUUUCUGGAGCUUUCACUUAAAUAAUAAGAAUAAAGUUACAUUAUUUUGCA